CUUCCAGGGGUGGGGAGAGGCGGGCCGGCGGGAGGAGCUUGCGAACGUUGCAGCCAGUUGGGCUCCAACCCUUUUUCUGUGGAAUCUGAGGAGUCUUCGAAGAUUUUAAUUCCCCAUUCUAGAGUCGGAUCGCCAUGGCAACUGGACAGAAGUUGAUGAGAGCUGUUAGAGUUUUUGAGUUUGGUGGACCAGAAGUGCUGAAACUCCAGUCGGAUGUUGCACGACCAAUUCCAAAAAACCAUCAGGUUCUAAUCAAAGUCCAUGCAUGUGGUGUAAACCCAGUGGAGACAUAUAUUCGCUCUGGUACUUAUAGUAGGCUGCCACCCUUGCCCUAUACUCCUGGCUCAGAUGUGGCUGGGGUAAUAGAAGCUGUUGGAGAUAAUGUGUCUGCUUUCAAGAAAGGUGACAGAGUCUUCACUACCGGCACGGUCUCUGGGGGCUACGCAGAGUAUGCCGUUGCAGCAGAUCACAUGGUUUACUCACUGCCAGAGAAACUGGAUUUUAAACAAGGAGCUGCUAUCGGUAUCCCUUACUUUACUGCAUAUCGUGCUCUCUUCCACAGUGCUCGUGCGAAAGCUGGGGAAACUGUUCUGGUUCAUGGGGCUAGCGGAGGAGUUGGAAUAGCAACAUGCCAAAUUGCUAGAGCUUAUGGCCUAAGGGUUUUGGGUACAGCAGGUACCGAGAAAGGUCAAAACAUUGUUUUGCAAAAUGGAGCCCAUGAAGUAUUUAAUCACAAAGACGUUAAUUAUAUUGAUGAAAUUAAGAAAUCUGUUGGCGAUAAAGGAAUUAACGUGAUUAUUGAAAUGCUAUCUAAUGUAAAUCUUAGUAAUGAUUUGAAACUUCUGUCACAUGGAGGACGAGUAAUAAUUGUCGGCAGCAGGGGCCCUAUUGAGAUAAACCCGCGGGACACCAUGACAAAGGAGUCUAGUAUAAUUGGAGUUUCUCUCUUUUCAUCAUCUACGGAGGAAUUUCAGCAGUCUGCAGCAGCCCUUCAAGCUGGAAUGGAAACUGGUUGGUUGAAACCUGUAAUAGGUUCUCAGUAUCCAUUGGAGAAAGUUGCACAAGCUCAUGAAAAUAUCAUUCAUGGAAGCGGGACUGCUGGAAAAAUGAUCCUUCUCACAUGCUGAUUAAUUCUUUCUGUUUUUGCUAUGUGAUUAGAGCUCUCCUCACCCCCAGUUUUACUUAACACUAUCUUGUUUUAAUUAGUAUGCGUUUGACUUAAUAGUUUCUUGUAUUAAAAAGCAAGAUUUUUCUUUAGAGAUCAUGGGUACUGGAGUACAAUUUUUAGCACACAAUAUUUUUUAAUAUCUUCUACCUCCAGCCAAGGAGUCAUCGUAGUUGGAAAUAAAAUGUUAGUGGCUGGUUGGCAUUCAGGUGCAUUCUGGAAAUUCUAAACUGAUAUUUGAUGAUUAAUUCCCUACCUUUGACUAAAACAUACUAAUUCAAAAUAAGGAUUUCCAUGCCUACUUAUCCUUAAAAAGGUUCUUUAAUCUCUGGUUAACCCAGAACUAUGUUGGACUCUGAAGAUUUUCUGGACUAAAGAAGACUCCUUUUCCAAAGUAAUCUUAUCUGGAUCUACAAGUCUUUUGAAAGGGCAAGAAUAAACAAUGUCCAGAGAAAUUUGUUAGUUUUCCCAAAAUAGUAGAACAUUCGCCAUUUUAAUGAUUGAUUACCAAUGACCGUUUGUUCUGUGAGGACAGCAACCUUAUCUUUCUUGUAAUAUGAUACUAGGUACAUAGUUUCCAAAUAGAUACUUCUUGAUUGAUUAGAUUUUUCAAAGUAGAUUUAGAGUUAUCUGUUUGUGUGAUUGGGCCAUAUAUUUUUUUAAAUUAAUAAACUCACAAAUUUGACACAUUAAGAAUGAUCUGCUUUUGUUUUCAUAACAUGAUCACCUUCAAUAAAUUCCGUAGGAAAUUAAAAACUGUUUAUCUUGUUUGUAUAGUACUACAGUGAAAAUAAUUGCAAGAAAUGUUAAUAAUAGAUCAUAAAUUGAAAUAAUUUUUCAGGAAUAAUACGAGAGAUCAAAACAUAAGACAUGGCUCUCAGGAAAGAAAAUCUACAACUUGUGUCAAUGUCUACGUAUCAUUUCUACACAGCCCAUAAUUGGUACUUCUUAAAAGUGUUAUGUGCUGGAAGUUUUUAUCUAAUUAAAUAUAGGGAUAACUACUUAGAAAUCUUACCAUCGAUAUUUAUGUCCAACAAAUUGAGAUUUGGUUGUUUUAUUAUUUUUGUUUUUCUUUUUCUUCAUAUCAACAGCACCUCUUACCUGUUGUUAUACUAUGUGGUUAAUUCUCUUUCUCGACCUGAUUUGUGUCUGUUGGAGAAUUUCUAAAUUUCUGUUUUGAUCCUGAAAUCCUACUUUAGUAGUGAACGGAAACCACUGCUCAUUUUUAUAAUUAAAGGUAUCAUUAGCUUUUGGUUGUAUAUGCCAUGGCUGAAGUGUUUUUACUAUUGGUGUUUUACAAGUUCAUUCACUGUUUCUUCUACAGGCUAACUGCCCUGUGAAAUAACAUGUUUGAAAAAAGCACUAAAAAAAUCUUUAUCAUGAAUCUAGGAGCCAGCAUUUUAUGUACAUCUUAAAAUCGAAUAUUCUACCCCCAUACAAGAAGAUAAACAAAUAAUUAUUCCGUACAAAUCAGUUUAACCUGUCUGCACAUUUGUCAUCUCCAUAGAGUGAGCUGGAGUGAACUGAUGACUUAACACUUCAGGAUACAUUGAUACA